GUUUAAAAGAAAUAUGGUUCAAUUGCAAUUCCAAAUUAGUUUUGUUACCUGAAAAAAGUUUGAUUGUUACACUUUUAAAAUUUUAUAAUAAUGUUGUUUCUUGGAAUGGAAAUAAAAUUAAACCUUUGACCAAAAAAUUGUUGGAAAAAAAUAAAGUAAAACUUUUUGAUCUGCUAGCAUGUAACUGCAAGCUUGAAGUUCUUCCUUGUGAUGACAGGAAUAUCAAAUGCUCGGGUUGUUCAAAUGUGCAUCUUUACUGUAAUUGUGUUGGUAGUAAAAAAGUUCUUUUGGAAGAGCGUUCCUAUAUAAAAGACCAAACAGAGAAAAUUGGUACUAAAGGAAAGUUUCAAAUAGGAGGUAUUGAUAACUCUGUUAUCACCUACCUCAAGAAAAACAAAGCAAACAAAAGCUUCUGAUAAAGAAAUUUAUAUUAAAGAGUUUGACACAAUCAUGGAUCAGAGUGAAACUUCAAUUUCAUCAUUAAAUCAGACUAGAUCAAAGUACUAUAACACUAUCCACUAUCCCAAAUUUGCUUUAGAGGUAAUUAGAUAUGGAAUAUUAGAUGAAGCAGCUGCCGCUGUAGCUAAUGCUCUACUUCAAGAUAUUGGUUAUCUACAUCUAAAUGAUGUAAUUGAUCCAAGUAAAAUGAAGAGAGAGAAAGAACGAGUAUGCUUUAAUGCUAGUUUUGAGCAAUCUAAAGUUUCAAAUAUAAAGGCAAUUGUUUUGGAUAGCAAAUGUAAUAAAAACUCAUUGGUUUAUGAACAGAGAGAUAUUGAUGGUGAAAUAAAACUUUGUAAAUCUACCAGCACUGUAGACCACUUGACAUUCACAAUUGAAUCAGGCGAGUUGCAAGGUCAAUAUCUAAAGCACAUAGAUGUACCUAAAGAAAAAGGUAAAGGAAAAGAUCUUGCUGAAUUUACCUGUAAUGUUCUCAAGGAGUUUAAGAGUGAUAAAAGUAUCCAGGCAAUAAUUUUGGACAAUACAAGUGUUAAUACAGGACCAGUUGGAAAAUCUUUGACAAAUCCAAUUCAUUUAAAUUUAACUGUUGACUUCAUACAAGUUGAGACAGACGUUGAAUAUCCUCCUCCGUGUGUCAUUAAAGACCUCUCUGCUGACCAGAGAAUGCUACUGGAAUAUAGUAUUGGAAUUUCUAGAGGGUUUUCAGACAACUAGUAUCUGAGAAAAAAAAUAUGCCCUAUUUGUCAUGCAAGGUGGCUGAAAACAGCAGUACGGAUCUUGGUACUAUACACAAGAACAAUCAAUCCCAGUAGAGAGCUCAAAAUCUUUGUUGAAUAUAUUCAAACAGUAUAUACUCCUAUGCGGUUUAAUAUCAAAAAGUCUAAGAGUUUCAGAGAGGGUCCUAAACUCAUUUUCCAAUUUAUUCAGCGGAUUUUGAGGUUGAAUACUGAAGUUCAAAAUAUUACAUUGCCCAUAAUUUAUGCCAUUCCAGUUAUUGAUUGUAGAUGUAAAAACUGGUCAAAAUUAAUAAAUUUGUAUGAUAUAGACUGUUUUAAGCCCCCUUGUGUGGAAGAUAUAUCAAAUGAGGAGCUUUUGAAUAUGAUUCCGAAUCAGGAAACUUUCCGUGCCACUCGCAAACGGUUAGCGGGAAAUUUAUUAAUUUGUUUAUUAUUAUUAUCAAUUUGGUUCAGCAGUAAUUAUGCUAGCGGGAAAUUUAUUAAUUUGUUUAUUAUUAUUAUCAAUUUGGUUCAGCAGUAAAAGUAUAUUAUAUUUAGAAGUAGUCAAAAGGGGCAUAAUAAAAUCUUAU